UUUAUUAUUUAAAAAUAGUCGAACUAAUUGCUUAUGUUCAGAUUAUUGACAAUACACAAAGUCGUUCGUGAUGAUUUUAUGCCAAACGAAUUCACGAAACCGGAGACAUUUAUUCAUAUAUAGUACUCAUUUGCUGCAACAAUGACAUAACUCAAAAUGCCAUUCUUGAGUUAUUGGUAGAAAAAAUAUUCCUGUUUACUGCUAGAACGACAUUAUAAUACUUUUAUCCGACUACAAUAUGUUAUUAUACCAAUACGGUAUUUCAAAAUAAUGUUCUUAGCAAAAUUAUAGCAAUUUAAAACGUUAAAACUCGUUUUUGGAAAAUCGUAAUUUUUUUACUUAUGUCACUGCUACAACAAAUGAGCGAUAGAUACCCUAUAUUCCUUUAUAAUCUCUGUUUUAACUAGUUUUUUGCUUGCGAGGAACUCAAACACUAUCUGCGGAAUGCAGAAACGUUCACUACCUGUCGAAGGUGACGGCUGGAUAAAACUACACAAUCGGAGUAAACUACACGAUCAUAUACGCGCGAAGCGCCUCUUCAAUCUGCUCCUCUCUUUCGUGGUAAUAACAAAAACGCGGGUUCCCAGAGGGAGCAAGUAGGGAAGGUGCGUAAUCUACGACACGCGCUUGCAAUGGACAGACGAGGUGUUACAAGAACGCAAGAGACAAUAUAAGGCCCCAUGAUCGCGGUGGCGACUUCAGUUUGUCGACAGCGCUCGCUCUUAUUCGUUCUCACAUUUUGAUUUGUUUGUUUUAUCGUGAUAAUCCCGCACUCGCAAGUCCUGCCCCGUGUGUCCAUAGCAAGACUACUAGAAGUGCCUUUCGCAUCGAGAAGACUUCAUAAAGAACACAGAAGCACGCGACAAAAGUGACACAAAAUGAGACGCACUCGGUGCGCCAAACGCGCCUAACGCCCUGCGAGUGAAAAUAAGGGUUUCUGUGGCCGUGACACGAAUCGAAUACCAACGGCUAUGACUAGUCGCUGCGCUUCGUCGAAAACACGUUUGGCAUCAAUCACAGAACAACCCGCAGAUGGCGCAAUUAGUGCAAACUAUCUACGAUGGUUAUCGGGACCUGAUGGACAACAAGAGCGAUCCCAGAGUCAAUAAUUGGAUGCUAAUGAGUAGUCCGUUCCCCACGCUAACAAUCUGCCUGUUCUACGCCUAUUUCGUUAAAGUCUUAGGGCCCAAACUGAUGGAAAAUCGAAAACCGUUUGAUCUCAGAAAAGUGAUGAUAUGGUACAAUUUGUUUCAAGUGAUAUUCUCCUCGUGGUUGUUCCAUACAAGUUUGGUUGCCGGCUGGGGAACACAUUACUCCUUCAGGUGUCAGCCGGUCGAUUAUUCGGACAAUCCAUUAGCGAUGCGCAUGGUGCAUGGUUCUUGGUGGUACUACUUUUCCAAGUUCAUCGAACUCACGGAUACGCUCUUCUUCGUGUUGAGAAAGAAGAACGAUCAUAUUACCACUCUCCAUGUUAUCCAUCACGGCAUCAUGCCCAUGUCUGUGUGGUUCGGAGUUAAAUUUACCCCCGGCGGUCACAGCACUUUCUUCGGUUUUCUGAACACUUUCGUACAUAUCAUAAUGUACUCGUACUAUUUCCUGGCAGCGCUCGGACCGCGCGUACAGCCGUAUCUGUGGUGGAAGAAAUAUUUGACGACUUUGCAAAUGGUGCAAUUCAUCUUAGUAAUGAUUCAUGCGUUCCAGUUGCUUUUCGUCGAAUGCAAUUAUCCGAAGGCUUUCGUCUGGUGGAUCGGCAUGCAUGCCGUGAUGUUCUAUUUCCUCUUCCGUGACUUCUACAACGAAACGUACAAGAAGAAAAAUCGAAAGAACGCAUCGGGCAAGCAGAACCUCAAUUGCAAUGAACAACAAAAAGUACAGAACGCUCAAAAUAGCGUUAACAAAAACGGUAACGAAAACAGUGUUAUAUACGCGAAUCAAUACAAAAUGGCCACUGGUUACAUUUCGGAUAGCGGCCUCAGAAACCGUGUGUUUAUCGAUAACCGUGGCUUCGACUAAUGACAACGACACGAUGCUCAGAAAGACUUCAACCGCUUCGUUCAUUCGUACUGUUCGAGCGGUCGUCGAGCGCUUCGUCAUGUCGCAACACGGUCACUAUCCUCGUGAUAUGAUUGAAUAGAAAAGUUGAAGUCUUACUAACUCCACAAAGGCUCCGGAAUGUAUCCAAAGAAAUAAAGGAAAGAAGAACUUGCUGAAUGUUUUUCUAGAAUUUUUGAAAGUCUGAACCAAACGAACGUUCUAUCUACAGAUGGAAUUCACGAAUGCUUGAAAACGGAGCUCUCUAGGCGUAAAAAGAAUUCUGUGCGCGUUUGCCGUACUGUAUGUAAGCGCCCGUUUUGUAUGUAUGUAUAUAUGUAUGCACGUUGGUGUAUUCAAAAACAGCAUAAAUCUUUGUAACAAGAUCGCCGACAUAACAAAAUGUUGCUCAUCUUAAUUAGACGAGCCUAACGAUCGAUUUUAUUAUAGAUUACCUUCUUCUAUAAAGAGAAAUUCCUGUCGAUUAUGCAAUCAUAUUUAUAUACAUAUAAUCGUUAAUUAAGGAAUUUUCACUGUGCAAUCAGAUCUGUGAUAAUUCUGCAAUUUUGAUAAAGAAAAAAUAAUUACAAAUAUAAGAUAUUAAUAAGUUUUUACCUAUUGUUUUACUAUAUAGUUUAUUGUUAACUAAUAAAAAUCAAAAUUUAUUUUUGAUAAUACUAUUUCUGUAAAGAAUUGUAAAACGUAUUUUAUACAUUUCGGGAAAUAGAAAUACACCAAAUUUCUGAAAAAAAGUCAAAAAGGAAAGGGAUUAUUUUAAUUAAUUUAGAAAUGAAGAAAAUUCCUUUGCUUUUUGACUUAUUCGCGUAGAUUUAAAUAAGAUGAACAUCUUACGGCACACGCGCUGCAUGCUUUUCUAAAUAAUCACAUAAAAGAGAUAAUGAUUGAAGUAGUUUUUAUGAAAAUUUAUUUUGUGAGAUAAAUAAACCGAUACGAAUCGGGAUAAAAUUUUAGUAUGUAUUGUUUUUAAGAGAGAGAAAACAUGAAUUUUAGUCCAUAAUCAAUUUAUUUAUCUCAUAAGAUUAUGUCAAAAAAUCUUGCCGUUUUCACGUAAAAAUGAUAAAAAAGAAAAGAUAAUUUAUUUUGUAUAUAAAAAAAUAUUUAAUAAAAUUAUGAUUGUGCUUCUUUGACAAAAAAUGUUUCUAAAAAGUUUUUGAAAAUUGUCAAAAUGUUAUCGCGAACAAGUAAUAGUGAUGUGACACAAAAUUCUGAUUUAUUUAUUAAAAAGUAAAAUGCAUACUGUUAAAUGUUAAGGUACUGUCAAUUAUAAAUAAUUAUUUACGUGUUUGUAAUAUAUUUAUAAUAAAUAUAUUUAUUAUUUUAUGCUUA